CUUUGUGCGGGAUAACAACAUGGCACCUCCCACUCUAAUGAGGAAAAGAAGCCGAUUUUAAUUUGUUUCUCAGAUUUCCGUGUCAGUGCUGCGAAUAAUCGCGAAGAAGAUCUCGUGGAGUUUAGUGGGCGGCAUAAGGAAAUAAGGCAGUUUGUAUCGCGAAGUGCUCGUAUUAUAACUUGCGAUGACAUUAUUUCACUUCGGAAACUGCGUCGCCCUGGCAUACGUGCCCUACCUCCUCACGUACAAGUACUCCGGAUUAUCUGAAUAUGGAGCAUUCUGGAAGUGUGUACAGGCUGCAGCUAUGUAUAUCAUUAUGCAGCUCUGCAAAAUGCUGAUCCUGGCAACAUUUUUUCCCCCCGGUGAUGUUUCCUCGGUUGGCGGCUUCGAUGUUCUUGGGGAGUUCCUCAAGGCCACUGUUGAUCUUGCCGACCUCGUGGGCCUGCACAUAGUGAUGACCAAGGUGGCCGGCAAGGGCGAGACCAAGUUCUUGGUUGCUGGUCUGGGAUGGGCCAGUGCCGAGCUGCUCAUGACUCGCUUCGUGCCUCUGUGGGUUGGCGCUCGCGGCAUGGAGUUUGACUGGCGCUACGUGCAGCUCAGCUUUGACUCCAACAUUUCUCUGGUUAACCACAUCAGCACAGCCACACUGGUUUGGCUGUGGAACCGACACGACCUGCGCAAGGUUCACCUUCCCAUGGUGACAGUGCUGCUUGCCAUCACCUGCUACCGGUCGCUGCUCGUUGAGCUUAUGGUGCAAACUUUGGCGUUUGGUCCUUGGCUUGUGUUGGCCGUCAAACUGAUGGCAGCCAUCAGUGUUGGUCUCAGCGCCCUCCACAUCUACUUAAGUCUAACACAAAGCAUGAACUCGUACUGAUGCUUUCCAUUCCUGCUUUGCAGUGCCAUUCUGCCAUAGUCACCUCAUCUAACAUCUUAAGUUUAUGUUUAGAAAUACAAAACUAUUUUUACAAUUCAGUCUGUGCUCUUGUUUGUUGCAUGUUUGUGUCAAGUACAACAACAUAAAAUGUCUUUUUUACUGUCAAAA